AUGGUCUACCUUUCCGGCUUCGCUUUAUGCGCAGCCAUCUCCAGCGCUACCGCACUUCAGAUACCCCUACUUUCGUCCAGCAGCAAUGCGGGUCCGCUCGGACAUGCCCACGGCGCGAAACCAUUGGUCAACUCGACCGAGCUGCAGGACCUCGUCAGUGGUGACAGGCUGAUGGCUCGUGCGAAGAAGAUGUUUGACAUUGCCAAGCUUGGAGAAGCAGAAUACAACCAUCCCACAAGAGUUAUCGGGAGUGCCGGUCAUCUUGGGACGCUAUCCUACAUUUACGAAAGCAUUCUUGAGCUCGGUGACUACUAUACAAUCUCGAACCAGAGUUUCCCUGCCGUUUCUGGUCACAUCUUCGAAUCUCGCCUGGUCAUUGGUGAUGGCGUGCCCAAGUCUGCAGCGCCCAUGGGCCUAACUCCACCGACCAAGGACAAGGAGCCCGUACAUGGCGACCUUGUGUUUGUGAAGAAUGAGGGAUGUGAGGCAUCUGAUUACCCUGACUCAGUCUCUGGCAAUAUUGCAUUUGUGAAGCGUGGAGUAUGCCCGUUCGGCACCAAGUCUGAGCAUGCUGGUCGCAAGGGCGCCGUAGCUGCAGUCGUAUACAACUACGAGAAGGAUCCCGUCUCCGGUACUCUUGGAACACCGUCGCCAGACCACGUUGCAACCUUUGGUCUCUCUGGCGAAGAGGCCGAGCCGAUACUGAAGAAGCUCGGGAACAAGGAGCGCGUCGAUGCUAUUGCCUACAUAGAUGCCGAGGUCAGCCAGAUCCUGACGGUCAACAUCAUUGCUCAGACAACUGAGGGUGAUCCGGAUAACUGUGUCAUGUUGGGUGCCCACAGCGACAGCGUCACAGAAGGCCCCGGUAUCAACGACGAUGGCUCGGGUACCAUGUCACUUCUCGAGGUUGCCACCCAACUCACCAAGUUCAACGUCAGUAACUGCGUUCGAUUUGCUUGGUGGGCUGCCGAAGAAGAGGGUCUGCUCGGUUCAGACUACUAUGUCUCAUCUCUAUCUGAGAAGGAGAACAAGAAGAUCCGUCUAUUCAUGGACUACGACAUGAUGGCCAGCCCCAACUUCGCCUAUCAAAUCUACAACGCCACCAACGCGGUCAACCCACAUGGCUCAGAAGAGCUCCGUGAUCUAUACAUCAAGUGGUACGAGGACCAGGGCUUGAACUAUACCUUUAUCCCCUUCGAUGGUCGCAGCGACUAUGAUGGGUUCAUCCGCAGCGGCAUUCCCGGUGGUGGUAUCGCAACAGGUGCCGAGGGUAUCAAGACGGAGAAGGAGGUUGAGAUGUUUGGCGGCAAGGCUGGAGAUUGGUAUGACCCAUGUUACCAUCAACUUUGUGAUGAUCUCGGCAACGUGAACGUCACUGCGUGGGUUGUCAACACCAAGCUCAUCGCCCACUCUGUUGCCACGUACGCACGGUCGCUCAAGGGCUUCCCCGAGCGCGAAAUUGAGGUUGCCGCAAAGUCGACCGCAUACCUGAAGGAUGUCAAAUACCACGGCGCGAAACUUGUCCUUUAAUCGACGAAUAUCUGUUUUGAUCGCAUGACCUAGUUAAUGUCACUGGCACUCUUUAGCCAGGGCCGUUGUACAAUACCUAGCCAGUAUAACUUGUAAACAUAAAGUCUCGUCG